AUGGCGGAUGCCACAUUUUCCCCUGCUGGUUACAGCCAGAAAUCAGACCUCGAAGCUAAGCUGGACACUAUAUUUGCAACGUUUUGGAGAAAACUGGCAGAUCGAGCACAUCAAGCUGCUGAGCACAAAACAUGGCACCACCCUCACCACCUCUCAGCAGGCACAAGGGGUCUAAGAAGUGCAGGGCCAAAAGAUUGCGGCGGACCAAGAGACGACUCAAGCCUAAACGCAAGUCCACGCGGCUGGGGCUGGAUGACACUAAGCACCAGCGACUAA